AUGAAUUACAAAGGUCUUGAUCCAAAAACUCUGAAGGUCGGUCAAUUAAGAAGAGUGUUGGUAGAGAAUGGCGUUACAUUCCCAGCAAAUGCCAGAAAGCCUGCCUUAGUGAAGCUAUUUGAAGAAAAUGUGAGACAACGUUUGGAAUCUUCGUCUAAGAUUUCAAAGGCUAAGGAUAGUAUUCAGAGAGCUACGAAGUCGGAAGCAAAGAAUACGGAUCGCAAGAAGACCUUAAAGAUUAAAAAGCUUGAAACAAGUUCUACUGAGAGCAAAACAGCUAGGAUUGAAAAUGUUGAAACAAAAAAGAGAGCCAGAGAACAAAUUAGUACAGACAACAUAGACAAGGCACAAGGCAAAGAGGAAAAGUCUCCUAAAAAGAAAAGGAAAAAGAGAUCUAGUAAAGCCAGUAAAGCGUUGGGGUCUCCUUCAAAAUCUAAGGUAGAAAAAGAAGAAACUUCUGUAACUUUAACUUCUGAAGUGAAAACUGAAGACAAUAAAAUGGAUCCCUUGAAUGUGAAGCUAACGACUGGAGAAUGUACGAAACCAGAAUUACCUAACUUGAAAGUUUCAAACGAAUUUUUAGUUCAACUAAAUAAAGAGUUAGCAAGUGCAGCCACCGAGAAUUACGAUCAUUCAAUAAAAACCAAGAAAUUAUCUUCUAUUAGAGCGAAAAGAAAAGGAUCUAUUGACGCUUCAACUGAAACAGAGGCACGAAACAAAAGUGUGCUUAUGGAGAAUAAUAAUAAGGAAGUUCAAGAUGAAUUAAAGGCAGUAAUGGAAAAACUAGUAAAAAAUUCGCAAACUCCUGAUAAUGAAGACAAAAAGAUUUCAAAGAAGUUAUUGUCUAAGACAAAUAAGCCAAGUCCAAAAGGUUAUAGAAGAUAUUCUCUUGCAAAUAAAACUAAAAGAGUUAUAGAUACUAUGAGACCAUUUGUUGCGCACGCACUCAUUUGGCUAUGGAAUAUUGCUCUUUACCUUUUGAUUGUACUACCUCUUCUCUUUGGUCUUUGGUAUCGGGAACAGAGGAUUAGAAUCGGAUAUUGCGGUCAUGAAAAGUCCAUGAAAUCUCUUGCGCUCUCAGCUUUUCCCCAGACUGAAAGGGUAGAUGAAUUCUUAAAAUAUUAUCGACCAGAUUGCCUGCAGUGUCCUAAACAUGGAAAAUGUUCUUCUUUUAUGAAUGUUGAGUGUGAAUCGGGCUAUGAGCUUAGAAGCUCCAUUCUAGAAACUUACGGUAUCUUUCCAUUUCCCAAAUACUGUGCCAAAGACGAAAGUAAAGAAAAGGAGGUUGAUGAACUGGUUUGGAAAGUAAGCGAAUUAUUAAGAAAGAAGAACGCACGGAUUGAUUGUGGUGAAGGGAAAAACCUUUUCGAGAGUGGUGAAACAGGGACCAAGUUAUACGAUAUAUUUUCCCAUUCAAGACCGUCAUGGGAAAACCAAAGGGAAUUUAAUGAACAUUGGAAAAAUGUUCUUGAGAUACUGAAAAGUAAAGAGGAAAUUGUUUGGUUACCUUUAGACCAUAGAACAGAUGGAAAAGCCGGGCGUUUCGAAUCAAACGAUACUGACUAUGUUUUUCGUUCAAAUUCCAAGAAGUGGGUAAAGUUACAAUGCCAUUUGGAAACAAGUAUUCAGGAUUUUAUAAAAAAAUAUGGUGGUCCUAUAUUGGCCAUUUUAGGCGUUCUUUUUAUCAUCAAGAAAAUACAAUCAACUCUUGAUGAUUACGUCCAAGCAGAACAGAUAAUUGAAAAGAUGGUGAAAGAAGCCAUUGAUAAGUUGAAAAGCGUAAAGAAAAACGAAGACGAGCAACCUUUUUUAACAACAGUACAACUAAGAACUAUUCUGUUGAGAGAUAUAUCCAGUAUAAAGGAACAGAAUAGUUUAUGGGCCCAAACUAAGAAUAAAAUUAUAAAAGAACAAUCCGAGAAUAUAGAAUUAUAUCUUCUUGAAGAAAAUGGAGAGAUCAUGACAUGUUGGGAAUGGAAAGAGUGA